AUGGCCACGCCGCCGCCCAAGCCGACGGGCACCACGCCGCCGCCGAAGGGAACGCCCGGCGACGCCAAAGGGAAGAAGACGCCUGGGCGCAGGUCGUCCAGCCGCAAGCCGUCGAAGAGUCGAUCUCCUCCUCGUCGCCGCGGUUCGCGCCACCAUGACGCGGACAAGACCCGGGAGCGCGUCGUCGAGCGCGUCGUCCGUGACUCCGGCAGCUCCGGCACCUGGCCGCAGCUGACGAAGACGAACUACACCGAGUGGUCCCUUCGCAUGAAGGUGAAGCUCCAGGCUCGGGACCUCUGGGACGUUAUCGAGUACGGCGACGGCGGGUACCGCGACGAUCGGAGCGCCCUCGACGCCAUCUGCAGCGCCGUGCCCGCGGAGAUGAUCCCCAUGCUCGCCGUCAAGGAGACCGCGAUGGAGGCGUGGGAGGCCAUCAAGACUCUCCGCAUCGGCGACGAACGGCGGAGGGGCCUGGCGGCGCAGACGCUCCGCAAGGAGUAUGAGAACACCAAGCUCCGUGAUGGCGAGGCAAUCGAGGAUUUCGCGCUCCGGUUCUCCGGCGUGCUCCAGCGCCUCGGAGACCUCGGUGAUCCAGAGCCGGAGGAGAAAGCCGUGAAGAAGUACCUGCGCGUCGUCCGACCAAGGUACAAACAUCUCGUUGUCUCCAUGGAAGCCUUCGCUGAUCUCUCGAAGCUCUCGGUUGAGGAGAUCACCGGGACAUUGAAGUCCUCCGACGAUGCCGACGAGGAGGCGACGCCAGCGUCCAACUCCUCCAUGGGGAAGCUGCUCCUCACUCAGGAGGAGUGGCUGGAGAGGUACAAGCCGAACGCCGAUGCAGGGCGUGGCGGCUCCGGCUCCGGCGGCCGCGGCAAGUCCCGCGGACGCGGCAGGGGACGCGGCCGUGGCGGCGGGAGCUCCCGUGACACCGGCAACACCAGUGCCCCGCGGGCCGGUCCAGACGACAUCUGCAAGCGGUGUGGGAAGAAGGGCCAUUGGGCCCAGCACUGCUGA